AUGCGACAAUCUGCGAAUGUCGCUGCUUCCGUCCUUUUCACAGCGGCUUCAGUCGUCACCCUCCUGUCCUUUCCUUUGGACGCUUCUGCAGCAGCAGAAGCGCCAGCUGAUCUUGCAGCAAUAUCAUCAUCCGCUUCUUUAGUGUCGCUUUCCCCAGGCGCUAUGACGCGGGACAGCCAGCAAACCCUAGCCCUGUCAUACUCAGGACCACUCGCUCGAAUCGCGGAUAUUACAGCUGCGGUUGAAACUGCACCAAAUACUGCCUUUCCUGCUGGCCAAUCAGCAAUUGACAACAUGGCAGCAGCGGGUCCCGUGAUUGACGGAGCGCAGCUUCUGGGCGGCGGGAAACGGGAGGCGAUGAUUCGUCAGCUGGAGAGUCUGGAGAGGGAGUAUGGAUGGCGUAUGCGUGUGCUGACUCGGUAUGCGCCUGAGCAGUUCGAGACAGAGGCCCUACGUGCAGUGUGGCAGCCCGACGACCGCACAGUCGUGGUGGUGGCGGACAUCACAUCACCCAACAUCCUCAACUUCUUUGCAGGAGACACUGUCAGGGAGAAGCUUCCCCGACAGUUCUUCAUCGAGCUACAAUCCCGCUUUGGGAAUCAGUUUUAUGUGGCAGAGCAGGGCGAUACAAGGGCUGUCCAAGACGCCGUUGCCACGCUGCAAACCUGCCUCUUAAAGCCCUCCGGCUGUAACAACGUGCCCGGCCUAGUAGACGACCUUUACUUCAUCACUCUCUCCACUGCAAUCCUCAGUGGAAUAGUUUUCGGAUUCGCUGCCCGCUUGGAACCUUCCGGAAAGGUGGAAGCCUCUUGGCAGUGGGUGCUACUUUUCUCCCCGCUGUGGCUGCUGCUGCUUGUGGCUUUUUCGUUUCUGCCCAUUACUGCCCGGACGGACGAUUUGGAGCCGUUGUUGAAGAAUGGGGCGGGUUUUCUUGCUGGGGCAGCUGCGAUUUAUUUGACUCCGAUUUUCGGGCAGUCUCCUGUGGCGAAUUGGGGCAAGGGGAAGGAGGAUGGGACUCGAAGUGGCACCCAGAGCGGUAGGGAUAGUGACUUUGAUGGGUUCUAG